CAGCUGUUUUUGUGCUGCAGGUCAAGCCUUCCAUGAAGAAAUUGUGCCAGGAAGGAGCCACAGCUUCUGCCUUCUCAGAAAUGCCAAGCCUUGCCCCCAAUGGCUGCAGAUGCUUUUGGGAAUGGAUUCCUUCCAAGCUGGGGCAGGUUGGCCGGGCUGGGGGAGGCCCCAGGGCACAUGGCAGUGUGUCACAGGGCCCUUUGUGACACGGUGGCCGUCGCCCCGGGGAUGGGACGGUGUCCUUUGUGACCCGUGGUGAUAAAGGUGUCGGCGGCAACGCGGCCACGCCACCGUGCUCGGAGCGGGCGACUGGGCAGGACGGGACAGAGCGGUGCUGUGAGGAGCCUCCUCGCAGCCAACUCCUUUCUCGUCGACCAGGAGCGUUUCUGAGAGUUCUUUUUUGAUCAUCUUCCCUCGAGGCCACAGCACAGGAGUUGGGACCCGGAGCAUUUCUGAGGUGACCCCACUCCCUGUGGGAGUGGCCCUCGAGGCCAGGCCACGGGCCUUGGUGACCCGGAGCUUUUCCGAGGAGUCACCAGUCCCUGUGGCAGUGGCCCCUGAGGCCAUUUUUUGUCACUUUGCCACCAGGGGCUUUUCCAAGCCAUCCCCAGCCCCUGUGGCAGUGGCCCUUGAGGCCAUUUGUUGAGACUUUGCCACCAGGGGCUUUUCCAAGCCAUCCCCAGCCCCUGUGGCAGGAGCCCCGCAGGCCAUUGAGUCACACUUGGCCGCCAGGGGUUUUUCCCAGGUUUCUCUCCCGCAGGCGCCCUCCAGACCAGACUGUGCCAUGGCGGGGGGAUGCUUCGGCCUGUGCGGGCUGCUCCGGAGGAAGAGGAAGAACAGGAGAGGCCCUGGAGCUGGCCCAGCACAGGAACCGGAGGAGGAGGUGCAGCACUUCCAGCCACUGCAGCAGGAUCCAGGCCGGGACUGCCCAGAAGAGCAGGACCGCGCCCGUGGCCGCUUGCGCAGGGCAGUUCAGAGGUUGCUGAGAUUCAUGGGGGUUCGGCGCAGAACAGCCACAACCGCACCGCCCGAGCUCACGGCACAGCCCGACACCAGCGCAGCCGAGCUCGAGGCGGAGCCUGAUGGCAGCACUGCACCGAGGGAUUGUGCAGCCAGCGGUGACAUGGCACCCACUGAUUGUGCUGCCAGCGGUGACAUGGCACUGACUGAUGGCACAGCAACCUCAGAUAUGGCAGUGACUGAUGGCACAGACACCACCGACAUGGCAGCCAUUGACUGCGCAGCCAACUGUGACACGGCACUGGUUGAUGGCACAGACACCACUGACAAGACACCAGUCAAUGGCACAGCAAACUCAGACAUGGCACCUCUCGAGGGCACAGCCACCUCUGACAUGGCACUGACGGAUGGCACAGCAACUUCUGACACGGCACUGACCAACUCCGAGACAAGCUCUGACACGGCACCAACUGAUGUCGGGGCCAAGGCUGAUGCCACAACUGAGAGCACCACAGACACUGACUGCAUGCCCAUGCACAGUGUCACUGAUGCUCCCAGUCUGGACAUUUUGGAAGAGAAAACUGUCUCCAAUGAGAAUGAAGUGCCGGCCAUUGUCAGAUCCAUCCACCAGUGGCUCACGUGCCAGGUGUCUGCAGAGGUCAGGCCGCCCAUUGCCAUCCGCAGGCUGGCCCACGCACACCCUGGGCACGUGGUGACGACUCUCCUGCACUGUGCCCCAGCGUGUGACAGAGCUGCUGCAAUCCUGUGGAGGACCAUCGCCUCCUCGGCCACCGCAGCGCACAAGGUGCUGCCAACGCUGCUCGGGGUGAUGGAGGACUGGCCACUGCACAGCGUGUCCACCUCCGACGGGGACCACGUGGACGUCUUUGCCCUGGCUGCAACCCUGGCCCUGUGGCUGAUGGUCCAGGAGCCCCAGUGCCAAGAUGCACUCUUGGUUCAUGCCCCUCGUCUCCUCCUGGCUCUGCUCUGCCAAGUUUCUAUGAGCACAGAGCAGAUGCCAGAGGAGGUCAGCACGUUCUGGAGGGGAUGCCAGGAGCAACAUGGCCUUCCCACCCACCCCAACAGCUUUGUGGUGCAGACCAUCCGGGCCCUGCUCUGCCGGCUGCAGUGGGACCAGGAGCUGGUGUCAGUGGAGCGCAAGCGUGGCUGGGACGCGCUCCUCUCUGCUGACACCCACCACUACGCGGUGGGGCUGCUGGCCAGGUCCUCGACUAUCUGGACGUGAGCACCUGUCACGACAGCGUCC